AUGAACAUCAACAAGAAAUUCGACCGCCUCAAGCAAUGGACAAACGAGAAGAUGGGCGCAGAGGCCCGCACCGGCCUGUCCGACGAGUUCAAGGCCCUCGAGGUGGAGAUGAACCUGCGCCAUGAAGGCAUGGACAAGAUGCACGCCGCCAUGGCCAUCUACGUCAAGUCGCUCUCCAGGCGCGCAGAGGGCGCCGACAAGGAGAAGCAACUUCCAGGUGGCCAUCUGGGCUCCUCCAUGGUCUCUCACGGCGAAGACUUUGAGCCAGACUCGGAAUUUGGCACCUGCCUAUCGUCUCUGGGUCGAGCAAACGAGCGUCUGGCUAGAGUUCAAGAGACGUAUAUCCAAAGCGCCACUUCAACAUGGCUCGAGGGCCUUGACCGCUCUCUAGUCCAAAUGAAAGAGUACCAGGCUACCCGCAAGAAGCUCGAGCAACGUCGUCUGGCCUAUGACACCUCACUCGCAAAGAUGCAAAAGACCAAAAAGGAAGAUUUCCGCAUGGAGGAAGAGCUUCGUUCACAAAAGGCAAAAUACGAGGAGACUAGCGAGGAGGUCUUCCGAAGGAUGCAGGACAUCAAGGAAGCAGAAGUCGACAUGGUCCAAGACCUCACCGCUUUCCUCGAGGCAGAGUUGAGCUACUAUGAUCGCUGUCGUGAGAUCUUGCUCAAUGUCAAGCGCGAGUGGCCUGUUCAGGACCUUAGGGCAACCCCAUCCCGCCCCUCGCGCUCCCGGUCCAAUACCGCUCACGGUUACGCCGAACGUUUCAACCCGGUCGAGGAAGAGCCGGAACCUGAGGUCCCACGAAUGACCAUUCCCAAACUGACCAAACAGCGAAGUCGUUCUCCAGGCCCUAGCCCUUCCCAGAGUACCUAUGCUCUGCGUCCUUCUAUUAGCCGCACCUCGACGUACGAUGAUUCCAACAGUUACCGCGACGACUCCCCGGCUCGCAAAUUGUCUCGCGCACCCACUGAAUCCUCCGUCAUAUCCGCUGGCCGUAGUAGCCUUCGUCCUGUCCGCCAGACUAGCAGCAAUCAACAAAACACCUUUGCUGACGAUUAUGACGACGAUUAUGCACUAUCAAAUGGAAGUGGGCACAGACGUGACAGGUCGCCGCCCAGUCCCGACACCACCUCGUCCAUAGGCAGCGGACGCGGUAACGUUGUGUCUCGGGCUGCAAGCUGGACGGCGGCGGAACAGGGCGGCAACGCCAAAAAGGCUCCUCCCCCACCACCUCCGUCGAGGUCCAAGAAGCCUCCGCCACCUCCGCCCAUGAAGCGAAGCACCUUGAGCGAAUCCCAAGUGACGCGCUACUAG